GUACAUUCCGAGCAACUUAUCGAAACGAGUCGAAAGUUUUUGCUACAAAUUUUACUUACGAAGUAUUCUGAUGCAAUGUUUAAGAUUACUGAAAAACUUUCCUUGAUACAUUCGCUGGCGGAUUGUUUUUUAAAGAACGACCUUCAGUUUUUUGGACUGAUCAUUGGACUUUUGAUCCUAAUAGGCAUAAAAAUAUGGAAAGGUAAGCGCCCUCAAGAGUUUUUUAAACAGGAUCGAAACAACCUGGAGGAUGACGAAGAUGAAAGCUUCGUGGAAAAUCGGUUCGUGUUUCGGAACCUGAAUCCUAACCAGAGUGUGGAAAUGCACCGUCGUCAGAGAUCCGAGGCAGCAUCUGCGGUAUUGAAAAAAGCAGCCAACAGUGAACCGAUGGUUGGAUCCACAAGAAGUCCAAAACACAGUAAAGGGAAAGCCCCUACCUAGACUCUCAAAAACAAGAAAAGGCUGCUAGUUGCUGUUGCAGAAUGACAUGACACUUUAUACCCAAGAAACCCGACCACUUAAUUCCCACGUUUAAAAUGGCACACACAGAGGACUUCAUUUGGAGGCCCUGAUUUACCAUGACCGAAUAUCCGAAACGAAUCAACUAAAUACAAUUCCAGGCCCAGUCGUAA